AUGAUAGAAUUAAAGAACUUGGACUUUCACUUGGAAAAUUUAGGUGAAUCAAACAGGUGCUUCAACGAUGAGGAAAAACUAGGGUUGCUAUACGGCAUGACAAAUUUGGAGGAAAAAAUAAACAAAGAGAUUUAUCUGUGGGGGAAAAUAGAAGGCAUACAAAAUGACUAUUACAUAGUCUACUACCUCAAUAAUGAUAAAUUUUUUCCAAAAAAGAAAUUUUACUACUGUAAUGAUGAUUACGAAUUUAGGGAAGUGACAAAGGGGAAUGAUAAGUUGAUAGAGAAAGUGGAGAACAAGACGCCCUUCACGCUCUUCACAGGGGUGCCUGGCAAUUUAUUUUAUGAGGGUAGCAAGUCCACGAGGGGGCAGGGCGGAAUUGGCACUGAUGGGAUGGGAGGUGAAGCCUCCUUAAGUGAAAAUAGUGAAGCCUCCCCAAGUGACAGUAGCGAAGCCUCCCUAAGUGACGGCGAAAAAAGUAGCACCGGGCAGAGCAGUAGCGAAAAUAGUGACAAUUCCAAAAGUAGACAUCAAAAUGAGGACUCACAAAGCGGCGAAAGCGAAACGGAAGGAGGAACCACAAAAAAGGAAAAGAAAAAAAAUGUGGAAAAAAAUAAACAGAAAGAAAGACAGAGCGAUAUCACGGAGCUUGAGAGACUAUCUUAUGUUGUUAGAAAAAUCGACGAAGAAGCAUUUAUUGUACCUUACAAUUCUGUAAAAAUAACAAAUAACUUAGAACUGAAAUUUGCCAACUUCAGUGGAUUGAAUAUGAUAGAAGCACUAAAAUUAACAUCGUGGGUUCACUUUAGAUACCCUAAAAAUUUAACAUACGAUAAAAUUAAGAGUUACAAUACUUUUUUUUUGAAUAAUUUUCUCGAUUCUAUCAAAUCAGAUGUUCCAGCAAGCAUGUGGAAUGUAAAGGUUAAUAAUCAGUUAAGUAAAAUUUCCAUAAUGAAUUCUUUGUACCCUGGUUAUGUCUUCUACCACCUGUUGAAUACCCCCUUUUAUGCCUCUGUGUAUAUAGGCAAUGGGAUUCCCAACUAUGACCUCCCGUUUUUGUUGCCUUAG